UAUAUUUGUCAUGGCAACUCAAAUAGUGAAUGAAGGAAUUUGAAGAAAUAGAAAGAAGUCGCUAAUUUUAUGUUAGACGGCGUCUUUAUUUUUGAAUCAUAAAAAUCUAAUCUUUCAUAUAAUUUCGAGAUUUCCAAAGUGUUUUUUUUAAUCUAGGAUAGGUAGUUCGUGUCAAAAGUAACCAAUAUGGGUGAUCAGCAGUUUUUCUUAAAAUGGAACGAUUUUCAAACGAAUAUGGUCACUUCGUUUAGGCAUUUGAGGGAUGAGAAAAGCUUUACAGAUGUGACUUUAGCUUGUGAGGGACAGACAUGUAAAGCACAUAAAAUGGUCCUUUCAGCAUGUAGUCCGUACUUCAAAAGCUUAUUAGAGGAGAAUCCAUCAAAGCAUCCCAUAAUAAUCCUGAAGGAUGUAUCAUACCUGCAUCUGCAGGCGAUCCUGGAGUUCAUGUACGCCGGUGAAGUGAAUGUCUCGCAGGAGCAGCUGCCCGCCUUCCUCAAGACCGCCGCACGCCUUAAGGUGAAGGGAUUGGCUGAACCACCACCACAAAUGCCCAGCAUCAAGCGGGAAGGCUAACAAGUGAGGUUAUACAAAGACUCUAGUGACUACCGAAACACCAAUGUAACAUACCGACUGCACUUACAACACCACUCGACAAUGGUAACACUGAAGACUGUUGGCAUUAUGUAUUAUAAUAAAAAGUACUGGCAAUUAAACAUUUUAACUGUGUACAAUCUAGAAUUUUCACUUUUGCUUUUUAUUCUAUAGCAGUGUUGGUUAAAUCUAAGUUUCAUUAUUUUAUGAUAGAUUAUUUGGUUUAAUUGUACAUGUCUGUACGUAACUUAUUUAUUUUUGUAUAUUUUUCACUACAAAGUGCCUUCAGUCUUCUUGAAAGAAUCUCCUUCAGAUAUAUAAGAUCAAGAUAUAUAUAUUUUACUAUAUUGGACAAGAUUGGUCGAAUAAAAUGAAUGGAGUACAAUAAAUAUGUAAAGUUAAUGAAAUUACAGUUGUGUUUGAGAGCCAAUUGAAUAACAAUACUGUGCACAACCAGGAUUGCUAUGGCAAAUUAUAAAUAUAACUAACUAUUCAGAACUUUAUUCACAUAAUUUACAAGUUCACAAUUAGCAUCCAAUUAGUGUUUAUUAAUUUGUAUUAAUAUUAUAGAUUAAGGUGGAAUGAUAUUGUUGAAUAUUCUAUCAGUACAUUUAUUACUAUAAAUUUGAUUUUAAUGUUCUUAAGUUCUGUUUUUUUAUUUAUUUUAUCACAACAAAAAGUUGUUCAAAAUAGUUGAACUAUUUUUAUUUUCACAAAUAUUUAAAACUAG